AUGAAUCGUUACGCUGCAUCUCACAUCAAUCCCCAGGGCCCCGGAGAUUCUCGGCCAACUGCACUUCAGAUUAUCCAGGACGAGUCGUUGAUCGGUAAACUGGCUGGAAAAGUAAUCGUCCUCACUGGUUCAGCCUCCGGCAUUGGUCUCGAAACGGCGAGAGCCUUGUCUGCCACAGGUGCUACUUUAUUCCUCACUGUCCGGGACAUAAAAAAGGCUGAAACUUCUCUUGAUGGAAUUUUAGAGCCCUGUCGUGUUACGCUUGUAGAGAUGGACAAUGCUUCUUUUGUCAGUAUCAAAACUGCUGCAGCGGUUAUCCUCGAGAAAUCGGGUAAUCGGCUCAAUAUACUCAUUAACAACGCUGGUGUUAUGGGCAUUAAAGAUCUCCAACUCACCGAAGACGGGCACGAAAUCACCUUCGCCACCAAUCAUCUUAGUCACUUUCUUCUAUUCCAACUUCUGAAACCUGCCUUACUCCUUAGCUCCAGUCCAGACUUUCAUUCCCGCGUGGUAAAUGUUUCUUCCGCCAGCCACCGAAUAUGCGAUCUUCCUGACAGCGACAACUAUAACUUUCAAAAGGGAGGUUAUAAUUACGGAACUGCAUACGCAAAUUCGAAACUCGCAAAUAUAUACAUGGCCAAUGAAAUAGAUCGUCGCUAUGGUCAACAGGGAUUACAUGCAACAAGUCUCCACCCUGGUCCUAUCGACACGAAUAUUAAUAGGCACUUGGGCAGGGAGUGGGUGGCUCAAGUUAUGAGUAAUGAGAAAGUUCGCAAAGUGCUAAAAAGUGCUGAGCAAGGAGCUGCAACAAUUGUUACUGCGGCGGUUGGGAAGGAGUGGGAGGAAAAGGGAGGGAAGUAUCUGGAGAAUUGUAGUGAAGCAGAACGGGGAAAGGAUGACUACCAGAUUUUCGGAAAUGGAUGGGUGAAGCAAACAUAUCAUCCAGAAGAUGAAGGGCGAUUGUGGAGAGAUUCAUUGAAGAUUGUCGGGGUCGAGGACGAUAUGUGA